AUGUUGUCGAGAUCUUAUUUCAAUCUCUUGAAUCUUGACGACUAUUCGGGUGGCGGCGAUCGGACUCGAAUACCAAAAGUGGUUUCUGUGCCGGGAAUCAUAUCGGAUUUUGAAGAAUGCAAAACGGAAUCUGAUGCGGUUUCAUCAGUCAAUCAAGAAAGAAGAAUAAUUGUAGCCAACAGGCUGCCAUUACAGUGUUUUAAAGAUUCAGAAAGCAAAAAAUGGUGCUUUGAUUGGGAUAAAGAUGCCUUAGUUUUGCAACUGAAAGAUGGGUUCUCACCAGAUGUGGAGAUGAUCCAUGUAGGGUGUUUGGGAGUGGAGAUUGAUCCAUUGGAACAAGAAGAGGUGGCUCAAUUUCUAUUAGAUAAGUUUAAAUGUGUACCUACUUUUUUGCCAUUGGAUUUGAUGAACAAAUUCUAUCAUGGUUUUUGUAAGCAUUAUCUGUGGCCUUUGUUUCAUUACAUGUUGCCUUAUACACCUAAUCACGGGGUCAGGUUUGAUAGAGCCACGUGGCAGGCUUAUGUGUCAACAAACAAGAUUUUUGCUGACAAGGUAAUGGAAGUGAUUAAACCAGAUGAGGAUUAUGUGUGGGUACAUGAUUAUCAUCUUAUGAUUAUGCCUACUUUCUUGAGGAAAAGAUAUUUGAGGGUGAAACUUGGUUUUUUCCUUCAUAGUCCAUUUCCUUCGUCCGAAAUUUAUCGAACAUUGCCUGUUAGGGAGGAGAUUUUGAGGGGGAUUUUGAAUUGUGACCUCAUAGGAUUCCAUACAUUUGAUUAUGCUAGGCAUUUCUUGUCAUGUUGUAGUAGAAUGCUUGGAUUGGAUUACCAAUCCAAGAGGGGAUACAUUGGGCUUGAAUAUUAUGGUAGAACAGUUUGUAUCAAAAUCCUCCCUGUGGGAAUUCAUAUGGGUCGGGUUCAAUCAAUUAUGGCACGGGAGGGCACCGCAAAAAAGGUUGCGGAAUUGAAGGAGGAAUAUGAUGGAAAAUUUGUAAUAUUAGGCAUAGAUGAUGUGGACAUGUUUAAGGGUAUUAGUUUCAAGUUUCAAGCAUUGGGGCAGCUUUUGGCUGAGAAUCCUGUAUAUAGAGGUAGUGUAGUUCUUAUUCAAAUUAUGAACUCACCUAGAAGUCAGGGCAAUGAUAUCCAAGAGGUUCAAAGGGAGAUCAACGAAGUCGCUAAUGAAAUUAAUAGAAAAUAUGGUGAACCGGGGUAUGAGCCCAUUGUUUGUGUUAAUGGCCCCGUUUCUGUUCAAGAUAAGGUUGCGUAUUUGGCUAUUUCUGAAAGUGUCGUGGUUAAUGCUGUUAGGGAUGGUAUGAAUUUGGUGCCUUACAAGUACAUUGUGGCUAGACAGGGCAGUCCUGAUUUGGACAAGGCUUUAGGACUUGAGGGGUCAACCACACCCAGGAAAAGUGUUAUUAUUGUCUCGGAGUUCAUAGGAUGUUCUCCGUCCCUCAGUGGUGCAAUCCGUGUCAACCCUUGGGAUAUCAAUCAGGUGGCUGUGGCCAUGGUUCAGGGAAUUGUAAUGCAAGAUUCCGAGAAAGAAUUGCUGCACAAGAAGCAUUACAAGUAUGUUACAUCUCAUGAUGUUGCGUACUGGGCUAGGAGUUUCGAUCAGGACCUCGAGAGAGCAUGUGCAGAACAUUACCUAAAGAGGUGUUGGGGUAUUGGGUUUGGCUUGAAGUCCAGAGUUGUUGCAUUAGGUCCGAAUUUUAGGAAGCUUUCGGUGGAGAAUAUAGUUUCUGCUUAUAAUGUUACAAAUAGCAGGCUUAUCCUUCUUGACUAUGAUGGUACCAUGAUGCCCCAGGAUAAAGUUGACAAAACUCCUAAAGAGGAAGUUAUUUCGGUCUUGAACAAUUUAUGCAAUGAUCCGAAGAAUUUGGUGUUCAUUGUUAGUGGCAGAGGAAAGGAUUCACUAGGCGAGUGGUUCUCUCCAUGUGAAAGACUUGGACUAUCUGCAGAGCAUGGUUACUUCACCCGGUGGACGAAAAGUUCUGAUUGGGAGCCUUGUGGGUUGACAAUGCAGUUUGACUGGAGAAAAAUAGCCUUACCAGUAAUGGAGCAUUACACGGAGGCUACAGAUGGUUCGUGGAUUGAGCAGAAGGAGAGUGCUUUAGUUUGGCAUCAUCAGGAAGCCGACCCUGAUUUUAGCUCAUGGCAAGCAAAAGAGCUUCUCGAUCACUUGGAGAAUGUGCUCGCUAAUGAUCCUGUGGUUGUAAAAAGAGGCCAACACAUAGUUGAGCUGAACCCACAGGGUGUGAGCAAAGGUAUGGUGGUCGAGAAUCUCAUCGGAACUAUGAGGAGUGCCGGGAAGCAACCAGAUUUCGUCUUGUGCAUAGGGGAUGACAGAUCAGAUGAGGACAUGUUCGAGUUCAUUGCAAGUUCAGUCACCAACCAUUCUUUGCCCAAUACAGCAGAAGUGUUUGCCUGCACGGUUGGCCAGAAACCAAGCAUGGCAAAAUAUUAUCUCAACGAUACUUUUGAAGUCAUCAAGAUGCUUAAAGGUCUUUCGGAAUCAUCAGCACAUAACUUACCAAAAUCUUCACAUAAUAAGGUUUCAUUUGAAGGAUUCAUUUGA